GCCAAAUUUUUUUUAAAGCUCUCUGUAUAUACAUAUAUAUGUAUAUAUACAUACAUACAUAUAUAUAUAUUUGCCUGUCCUCUUUGGGGAAGUUUGUAUGGGGCUCCAGCUCACAUGCGGGAUAAGGAUGGUGUGAAUGACAACCGCACUGUGUCAUGAAGGUGGCGGUGGCUUCAGCACGAGAGACCAAAUAAGAAGAAAGCUGAGAGAGGGGGAAAACGUGUUUGGAUGACAAAGGAUGGGUUUCCAUUUAAUUACACAGCUGAGAGGCAUGAGUGUGGUGCUAGUGUUACUUCCUGCACUGCUGCUUGUUAUGCACACGGGGGCUCAGAGAGCUUGCCCAAAGAACUGCAGAUGUGAUGGCAAAAUUGUGUACUGUGAGUCUCAUGCAUUCGCAGAUAUCCCAGAGAACAUUUCCGGAGGGUCACAAGGCUUAUCGUUAAGGUUCAACAGCAUUCAGAAGCUCAAAUCCAAUCAGUUUGCCGGCCUUAACCAGCUUAUAUGGCUUUAUCUUGACCAUAAUUACAUUAGCUCAGUGGAUGAAGAUGCAUUUCAAGGGAUCCGUAGACUGAAAGAAUUAAUUCUAAGCUCCAACAAAAUUACCUAUCUGCACAAUAAAACAUUUCAUCCAGUUCCCAAUCUCCGCAAUCUGGACCUCUCUUACAAUAAGCUUCAGACAUUGCAAUCUGAACAGUUUAAAGGCCUUCGGAAACUCAUCAUUUUGCACUUGAGAUCUAACUCUCUAAAGACAGUGCCGAUUAGAGUUUUUCAAGACUGUCGAAAUCUUGACUUUCUGGAUUUGGGUUACAAUCGUCUUCGAAGUUUGUCCCGAAAUGCUUUCGCUGGCCUCUUGAAGUUAAAGGAGCUCCACUUGGAGCACAAUCAGUUCUCCAAGAUCAACUUUGCUCAUUUUCCACGUCUCUUCAACCUCCGCUCGAUUUACUUACAAUGGAAUAGGAUUCGCUCCAUCAGCCAAGGUUUGACAUGGACUUGGAGUUCCUUGCAUAACUUGGAUUUAUCAGGGAAUGACAUCCAAGGAAUUGAGCCGGGCACAUUUAAAUGUCUGCCCAACUUGCAAAAAUUGAAUUUAGAUUCCAACAAGCUAACCAACAUCUCACAGGAAACUCUCAACACGUGGAUAUCAUUAAUCUCCAUCACCUUGUCCGGAAAUAUGUGGGAAUGCAGUCGGAGCAUUUGUCCUCUCUUUUAUUGGCUCAAGAAUUUCAAAGGAAAUAAGGAGAGCACUAUGAUCUGUGCAGGACCUAAGCAUAUCCAAGGUGAAAAGGUUAGUGAUGCAGUGGAAACAUACAAUAUCUGUGCUGAAGUCCCGGUGGUCAACACAGAAAGGUCACACCUGGUUCCCCAAACUCCCCAGAAGCCUCUGAUUGUCCCUAAACCCACCAUCUCCAAACCUGACACCACCCAACCCACCCGUGAAAUACCAAGCCCUUCCCCAGGGUUUCAGAUUCCUGGCACAGAGCAAGAGUAUGAGCAUGUUUCAUUUCACAAAAUUAUUGCCGGGAGCGUGGCUCUCUUUCUCUCGGUAGCCAUGAUCCUUUUGGUGAUCUACGUGUCCUGGAAACGCUACCCAGCCAGCAUGAAACAACUUCAGCAACACUCCCUUAUGAAGAGACGUCGGAAAAAGACCAGAGAGUCUGAAAGACAAAUGAAUUCCCCUUUACAGGAGUAUUAUGUGGACUAUAAGCCUACAAACUCUGAGACCAUGGAUAUAUCGGUUAACGGAUCUGGACCCUGCACAUACACCAUCUCUGGCUCCAGGGAAUGCGAGAUCUCCCACCACGUGAAGCCCUUGCCGUACUACAGCUACGACCAGCCGGUGAUCGGGUACUGCCAGGCUCACCAGCCGCUCCACGUCAACAAGGGCUACGACGCGAUGUCCCCGGAGCAGGACGACACCCCCAGCCUGGAGCUCGGGCGCGACCACAGCUACAUCGCGACCAUUACCAGGUCGGCAGCCCCGGCCAUUUACCUAGAGAGGAUAACCAACUAACGCGGACCCCCACUCCUCAUUGGGGAACUCCACGGGGGAGGGAGUCCUUCAUUUCAGAGGCGAUUGGGCAUCCCGAACCGCGCAGCCAAGCAAAGUCGUCGUUCCUGUAAAAACAUUUUUGACAUAGAGAAAAGAAAAACUAAAACUGCUUUGAAUGGACGGCCGAUGUACCUGCAGCAUAAACCAGGAGAACUACAGAACUUUUUUUUCUUUAAAACAUAAAACAAACAAACAAACAAAAUGCUCCUGGAUGUAAAUAGUAAAAGUGUCACGUUCUUAUGAAAAUAGAUUUCAUCCUAGCCACAUAUAGGUUUGUUUGUAUAUUUGAUUUUUCUAUACUGCAUGGUUCCUGGGCUGGAGAACC